ACAAACCGCCGUGUGUCGGAGCCGUGUUCGACGAGGACGGGAAAGCCCUCCUCGCAGUCAUGGCAGAUGAUCAUUCCACCGUUUUAACAGGACGAGCCUUGCUGUACGCGCCUUGCUGGAAACAAGACCAGCUAUCUUCCCUGUCCCUGCCUUGGGUAUUGCUGUCACGGAUCAGAGUGCAAUUUAUCAGACUGGCGCCUUGCCACAGCAUCACUAACACGAAACUCUUCACUGCGGCCGUCCAAGUCACAGCCUCUUCGUUGAUAUGUCAUACUGUCUCGUGUCGCCGUGUUGCCUUUUGCCGUCUUGAUGCCCGCAACUCCAACUUUUCCGAUAUUCUUGAUUCUUUUUCCGACUGGUUCAGGAGAGCGGCAGCUGGUUGGCGUCGCCUCCUCGUCAUUCCCUGUCUCUGUUUCUCUCUAUAUGCUCUUUCUAAAUUACUUGCUUCCACUCCACCGCUGCUGGUGUUCAGCGGUUCUUCCAAUACACACCGACAAUGGUCGAGUCUAGCUGGCGGCUAGGCCGCCGUACCUCCCUCUCUCCUGACUUCCCCAACACUAUUGUGCUAGAAGAGUCUUCGGCGACCCUCGACCAAGCCCGUGCCCUUGUCAACGAUUUGGUCCUUAGCCAGCAGAUGUCGCUUAGAACUAUGAAUAUCGCGUUGGGCGUUUUUAGCAUGCUCCUCGCUGGUAUCAUGGUGUCUAGGAUACUUCGUGAUGGUUGGCGUGCCAGGAAACUCACUGUACUGCUGCGACCAGCUAAACUCCAAAUCCUUAGAGCCGUUCAUGCGGCAGAGCUCUUUCCGCUCGUUCUCGGAGCAGCAAUGAUCAUACAGCAAACUACAUUCAUUGGAAUAGAGGGCAGUGCGAUCAGUACUGUCACGGUACGAAAUUGCGACGCAUAUGCACAAAUCACGCUCCCUGCAAUAUUUCUUGUCAGCUAUACAAGUUUAGUGUUCGGGAUCGAGACAACAGUCAGAGCACUAAAAGGGCCAGAAAACGCACCUCGGACGAGAUGGAACACCCCCAUAUGUCUUGGGGUUAUAUUCAUUCUUUUGAUAAUCACCUGGAUCCCGACUGUGGUAUGGCAAUCUCCAGGCCAGUGCUACGGAAGUCUUAUUUGGUUUGCCUUCAGCUACCGCAAGUUCGUUCUUCCUGUUCUGUCUAUCUUGAUAUUCUCCUUUGUAUCUCUGGGAACCCUCAUCUCUUUACGGUUACUGCGCAGCGCGCGGUUCGAACACCAUGAAAGGAUAGCAGCCUCAAGGAUGGUAUACUAUCUAGUAUUUGCCACUAUCGAACAUACCUUGAUUCUGCCUUUCUUCGUGCAGGCCUAUAUGCGCAACUAUGACACCAAAUUCACUACAUCCAGCGUCGCCGAGGUGAGCCUAUUUGGCUCUGGUGUUGCUGUGGCAUUCAUGCAUCUAUUUCUCCGCGUCAAUGUCGAUCGUACAGUCAUCAAGCCCCGUGGCGUACCCUGGCAUUCUCGGAAGAACCCAUUGAGGUUUUUUGGUUUCUUCGGUCCCAGCGACUUGGAGAUGAACAUCAGUGAGCCAUUGGACAAUGACACGCCACGCUAUAUGCCAGAUAAGGCCGGAUUUUAUGGAUGUCCUUACAACCCAUACUCGGAAAAACCGGGAACAAAUGGACAGGAGCCUGUCUCGCAGACAUCUGGUCUGCAAGCACAGAACUCCAAAUCGUGGCCGUUACCUCCGGAACCUAUCAUCCUUCCGAACAACAGAACAUCCUCUAAGGAGUCUAUGGACUAUAGUCGCACAACACCCAGCUAUACUCUGUUCCCGACGCAAGCAGACGAUAUCCCCCGUCUCCCCGCUGCCGUAUAUACACCUCCUUCGCCAGGCUAUCGAGGCUCCGGAGCACUUGGUACGAGGAACAGGGUGACCCAAUCAUCGGUGGCUCCAUCUGUCACUGAUGUACGUGAAGCUUUCGAAGGGCUUCAGCCACCGCGAGCACCCUUCGCACGACGUCACCGCAGAGGCAGCAGUACGUCGAGCAGUGCUACUGUCCAGAUUGGAUUACGGCUCUCUCUCGCUCCUGCAGCAAUAGCAGCAAGGAGCCGGAGUCCACUUAAUAGGGCAUUAGCACCCCCGCCACUGAGGCUCGAGGCUACUGGGUCAAACAAAAACAGCGUCGGCCCAUUAACACAAAGGCCAUCUACCCCUGCUUCUGCUGCUGUCCGCUCUCCUUUCAGAUCCCCAGCUCCGACGGAAUCGACACUGGAAGAAGCUGUGGAAGAAGAUCUGCGACCCAUGUUCACCAUGAUAACGCGAGAAAAUAGCCGGCGAUAUUUGCAAAACACUGAUGAUGGCAAAGUCCUUCCGCCCGCGCCAUUAGAAAUAGACAAAACCAGUAAAAACGGUUCUCCCAAGCCGGACAACGCUACCUCUCGUGAACGACCAGCUGGAAAACGGUGGGCGGCUCUUGGUGAUGGAACUAUUAAUCGUUCCAAUUCAAGGAUCAACCGUUCAAAUUCAAAGAAAGCGCCGGAAUCAAAAUGGAUAUAAAGGGGCCAUGAUUAACGAAACUUGGAGGCUAGGCGUCAAUGUGUUUAGAUAGGCCCACCCAAUGAAUAGUAUUUCAGCUUGUCUAAAGAGAG